GAACGAACGACGCUGCAAGAACUUUUAAGCAACGCACGAGUACUUCCAAAGCUGCACCGCAAGAAGAUCCUAACAAACAUCCUGUCACGGGUGUAUGGGAUAAAUAUGACACCCAAUUCACGUCUUGCCAACACGAGUUGCUUGCCAGAACACGCUUACUAUGCUUGGAUUUAUUGAUGAUGUUGCAACUAUGUUGAAGACGCUUGGCAUGGGGAGAUUGUGGAGAUUGGAGCAUCACGUGUACCCUAAGCUUGUGAGAGAGUACAUAGCUACCUGUCGCCUCACAUACAAGAAUCCGAAGCAGCCAAAAGUGAGUGAAGGGACACUCACAUUAUUCCUCGAUAAAAAGCACUACAACAAAACCUUGUUCGAGAUCUGCGACAUAUAUGGAUUCACUAAUAACAUGGGAUUUUCGUCCAUAUUUGUUAUUGUUUUCUUAUGUUUUAGGAAGAAUCCGGUUGUGCGAUAUUUAGCAAAGAUCAUCAGUAGUACUUUGUACUUCACACCAGUGAUAGCAACAGUGACAAAGACUAAGUUGCCAAUGAUGUUCUAUAACGUCCAGCAUAUGUUAGACGACUAUACUGAUCUCCCAGCACCCGAUGCUAAUGUAGUUGCAGUUUUGUGUGACGUAUUAGUCAAGAUGAAGACCACUGCUCCCACAUCAGCCUCGCGAGGCCUUUACGUUGGUACCGCACUUACUCCCCUCUUCAUCGGCUGCAGGUUAGACCUCUCCAUAGUUAAAACUGACCUUACACAAGAGUUUAUGGACAUCGCAUACCUGAUACAUACCCAUUGCCUCAAGGUAGGUGAUGUAUACACAUUCUUGGACGAGACGGUUUCACUUACUUCUGCAUGCUACCCAACUAACAUAUCACUUCUCUUGUUUCUCAUUUGAACUUGGAGUUCAACCCUGAUGAGCAGUACCUGGUUCCUGACCCUUCAGCGAGCGUCGUUAGACAACGCAGGUUCACAGAUGCUCCGACUGCAGAUGAGCAUGUUAUGUAGGACGAUGAGAUUCAGGAGGAUUCAGAUGA